GCCUGUGUGCCGUUUAAAGUUAUCCGUUAGCUGAAGAAGAGUUAAGUCAAGAAGUGCCAAAUGGCGGGAGUUCGCCACUGGACUGUACUGGGGUUGUUUCUGUGGUGUUGCUCGGCGGUUAUGUCGCAGACUACAUUAAGAGGACCGGAAGGUAGUGUCUGCACUUUCGUCAACUCUCGCCAGGUGAGUUACCAGGUGGAACUAAGGCGGAAACGGACCACGGAUUUUGUGGACUACAUCGAAUCCUAUCUGGGCCUUCAACACGAGAACAGGGUUCCACGAUCGCUGGUUACCCGGUACCAGACUGAGUAUUUCACCGAUUACGAGUGCUGCGUCGGCUGGAACCGUAUCGCUGAUAUCUGCCGAGCCGACUGCCACAACCCGUGUGUAAACGGACUGUGUGUGAACACAAACGUCUGUGAAUGCGACGAAGGCUGGGAAGGAGGACAGUGUGAUCGAGAUGUCGAUGAAUGUUGGUUCGGUAUUGCGGAGUGUGAUCACACUUGCAUCAACACGGACGGAUCCUUCAUCUGCUCCUGCGAUCCGGGCUUCCAUCUUAUCAGUGAGACAAGAUGUGAAGAGGAAGUCGACGUGGACGAAUGCGCCACCGGAAACGGAGAUUGUGAGCAGAACUGCGUCAACACGUAUUUGUCGUACCACUGCACCUGUAACGAUGGGUACACGCUCGGCACUGAUGGUCACUCCUGCAACGAGGACGACAUGUAUCCGUACGGCGAGGAAGUUGGUGAGGAAGCUAAAACGUGGGAGUUCUUGAAAACAUGCAAGAAAGUCGAGCUGCCCUUGGAGGGUUUUCGAUUCUUCACAAGGCGACAUCACAAAAUAUAUAUCUGUGACAAUGGAGUGGUGCAGUUUGACAGCAACAUUCGACCAGCUACUCCUUUAAAGCUGGACAAAUCAGCUUGGUUCAAGAAGGCGGCCCUAGCACCCUACCUCUCCAAGUCUGACCCCACCCUCCUGAAUGGUGAACCGGAAAGACUGAAGACAAAGUUUUACUACAAAUCGUACGAGAGGGGGGAUGGCAACGAACACACCGACGCCAUCUUGGAACAAGCCAGCGCUGACGGCCGCAGUACCCCUGGUUACCAUUCUCCUGCUUACGAGCCAGUUUGGGCGAUGGUGAUCACGUGGGCGAACGUUCCACCAGACUGUUCAGUCUCGGGCUGUCCCGUGGAGUCAGCUCGUUUGCGGCGAAACACUUUCCAGCUGGCCAUAUCCACAGACGGCACUCAUUCAUUCGCAACGUUUGUGUACCCCCAGCGGAAGCAGGAAUGGUUUACCCCAGAUGAGGCUACAACGCCCAGAGGAACCCGUUCGAAUGUCACGACCAGUGAUAACGCGGCAGUAGCCGGGUACAGCGCCGGGGACGGGACAAGCUGGGCACCUGGCAAUGUGAAGGGGAUGUCAUCCUUUUCGGGAACGAAAGCCAUGACGACUCUGUUCCGUCGUCCUCCAAACAGAGCAGGCUACUGGAAGUUUGCACUACAAGAACAGGCGGCUACUCCAGCUCCUGCCGAGGAUGUGGUGAGCUGCUCGGCGUGGAUCCGUCAGCAGGAGUUUGACACCCCCACCACCCUGCCGGGUUACCACGAGCUGCCACGCCCAGGGUCCUGUCCCUGCAACCUGGAGCAGGCCUAUCACGACAGGAGGUACCGUAUUUGCAUAAUUCCUGCCCGUCCUGAAACCUAUUCGAGUAAAAUUGGAGCAAGAGACAGGAUUGGUAAAGGCAUCCUGAAGUCGGGUCAUGCUGGAGGGCAUCUCGUGGUGAAUAAUCAGAACGAAGACAGAGAGGCUUACCAGCACUGCUGUGUCGGGUCCUCCAGCUACUACUGCGACAGGUUCAAACAGCUCCGCCCAUUCUCCGUCCCGACCGCCGGCUCCGGCUGCACUAACUACUACAUUGGCUGCGACUUUGAGGGCAAGUAG